CGCUGGCCGCCGCCAACAGCUGACACUCGCCCGGCGCUCGCCGACCAGACCGCACAGCCAGGGGGACCACUCCAGCAGACAAAGCCCGCCACACCAGCAGCUCCGCCGCCAUGACCAAGUUGCUCCACCUCGCCUCUAGAUGUACUGCCCUUGUGUCACGAUAUGCGAAGACUCUAUCACAACCAAAUGUUGGUCUCUUCAACCACCUGAGAGGUGUUAAUGUGACAAAUGGAGAUGUGCAUCUGCUGUCACCGAAGGUGCGUGCCUACUUGGAAGAGACGGUGUCCCUGUGUCAACCAGAGAACAUUCACAUCUGUGAUGGCUCUGAAAGGGAGAAUGUGCAACUCCUCAACCUAAUGCAGAGGCAGGGAACGAUACAAAAGCUUCCUAAAUAUGAGAACUGUUGGCUGGCCAGGACAAACCCGGCUGAUGUUGCCAGGGUAGAAAGUCGCACUUUUGUCUGCACAACCAACCGAUCUGAAACAAUUCCUGAUGUAGCUCCAGGUGUGAAAGGAGUUUUGGGCAACUGGAUGUCACCAGGCCAGAUGGAGGAAGCCAUUGGUGAAAGAUUUCCGGGCUGUAUGCGAGGUCGGACUAUGUAUGUCAUUCCUUUCAGUAUGGGUCCUAUUGGUUCCCCUCUGUCAAAGAUUGGUAUCGAAGUUACUGACUCACCGUAUGUUGUGUCCUCAAUGAGAAUAAUGACGCGAAUGGGAACCCCUGUGUUGGAUCUCUUGGCAGAAGGAGCAGAUUUUGUAAAAUGCUUGCAUUCUGUUGGCAGCCCAGCAAAACCAACAAAUGAGUAUGCUAGCUGGCCAUGUGAUCCAGAAAGAACAAUCAUUCUCCAGAGGCCUGACAACAAUGAGAUAGUGUCUUAUGGCAGUGGUUAUGGUGGAAAUUCUCUUUUGGGCAAGAAGUGCUUCGCCUUGCGUAUUGGAUCAACCAUUGCAAAACGAGAGGGUUGGCUUGCAGAGCAUAUGCUGAUACUGGGUAUCACAAAUCCAGCAGGGAAAAAGCGUUACAUAGCAGCAGCUUUCCCCAGUGCAUGUGGGAAAACAAACCUUGCUAUGAUGAAUCCAACAUUACCAGGAUACAAAGUAGAAUGUGUAGGUGAUGACAUUGCAUGGAUGAAAUUUGAUGAAAAUGGGCAGCUUCGUGCCAUAAAUCCAGAAAAUGGUUUCUUUGGGGUUGCUCCAGGAACAUCAAGUCAGACCAACCCAAAUGCAAUGAAGACCAUAUUCAGAAACACCAUUUUCACCAAUGUUGCUGCCACUAAUGAUGGAGGAGUAUUCUGGGAAGGACUUGAGAAAGAAACAGACCUAACCAUGCAGAUCACUGACUGGUUGGGCAAACCAUGGGACAAAAACAGUGGAAAGCCUGCUGCGCAUCCUAAUUCAAGAUUUUGCUCACCAGCAGACCAGUGUCCCAUCAUUGAUCCUGCUUGGGAAGAUCCAGCUGGAGUGCCCAUUGAUGCCAUAUUGUUUGGAGGGCGCAGGCCUCAGGGUGUCCCUCUUGUGUAUGAAGCAUUUAACUGGAAACAUGGUGUAUUUGUUGGUGCUUCUAUGAGAUCAGAAUCUACAGCAGCAGCUGAACAUAAAGGGAAAGUUGUGAUGCAUGAUCCCUUCGCGAUGAGACCAUUCUUUGGCUACAACUUUGGGCACUACCUCUCACACUGGCUGAGCAUGGAGGCACGUAAAGGUGCUAAGUUACCAAAAAUAUUUCAUGUCAACUGGUUUAGGAAAAGCAGUGAGGGCAAAUUUCUAUGGCCUGGGUUUGGGGAAAAUUCUCGUGUACUUGACUGGAUUCUGCGUCGCAUUGAGAAUGAAGAUAUUGCUGAGCAAACAGCUAUUGGCUACAUUCCAAAGAGUGGAACACUCAGAUUGGAUGGACUUUCAGAAAAAGUCAAUCUGGAAGAACUGUUUAGGAUUCCAAAGGACUUUUGGCUUCAAGAGGUUCAUGAUGUUGAAAAAUACUUCAGAGAACAAGUUGGAAAAGACCUACCCUCAGCAAUUGCUGAAGAACUUAACCGAUUGAGGGAAAGAGUACAAACAAUGUGAUGAAGACUAGGAUUUAAAAUAAAUGCUACAUGCUGCCCUAUGGAGAGCCAAGUGCCCAAAAGCCUCAGGAGAAAUGUUUCCCACUAAACAUCUCAUCAACUAUAUUUUUUUAUGAUGAUUGUGUUAUGUGUUUUUAUACUGCUACAAUGUCCUUUGUAAAAUGAAAAAGGUUUGUGUGUGUGUGUGUGUGUGUCUGUGUGUGUGUGUGUGUGUGUGUGUGUGUG